AGACCGCCGUGAAAAUCCUACCCUGGUGCACUCGCAGCACUCACAUUCUAUGACUGAGUGACUCUCUGUAUCACGAUAGAUAUGAUAUCUCUGAAAAGGCAUAUCGUGGAGACCUAAUAUCGUCUCGACGAUAUAUAUCGUCAUAUCGCCCAUCCCUACCUUGAAUAUCCCCCUGUACACUUAUAUGCUUUCACAAAAUAUAUUAGAGCAAGCAGUGCAAGAUUUGCUAAUGAAAAUUGAUUUAAAAGUUUGAUUGAUUUCUCCUUGAUUUUCAAAAGGUACAAUUGGAGUCAGAGGGUCACACUGCUGUACAGCCAACCGACUUCUUCCUUGGUGAGGAUUGUCAUUCAUCUCUACUCAUCAUCCUCAGGAAUGAAGACAUUGCAGAGCACAUUUGUGAGGUCCCGCAUUUGCUUGAGCUCAGGAAGUCCCCAGUUGUGCAGUUCACUGGAAUUGACGAACCAGAUGAUGUUGUGAAUCUAACCCAUCAAGAGCUUUUCACAAGGGGUGGCUUUAUAAUGUUCGACAGAGCAGGCCUGGAGCACCUGAACCUUUGCAACAUCAAAAAGACUUCAGAGGUUUUGCAAGAGCUAAGCAAAACGGGGAAGUGGAAAUGGAUGUUGCACUACAGAGACAGCCGUUGGCUAAAAGAAAAUGCAAGGUUGAGUUUGGAGGGAAAGGAGAAGCAGAACUACCUGAACUGUUGCCAAGAAGCUGGAAUAUUGGAGGUCUUGCCUUAUCAUGAGUGCGACCUCAUGUCAAGAGAUGGGCCAGACUACCUUGCUUGCUUGGUCCGUUUGCAGGUCCAGAAUAUAUCAGCACGUUACCCUGUGUUUAUAACCGACACAACGGCAGAAAACGCAUUUGGAAAGAAAGGAAUAUUAACAAUGACUUUCGACUCUUUCCUGACGUAUUCUCCAAGCUUAACACGUACAGCCUGAACUGGAAAAAGUCAGAUGGCGUAUCUUAAGUUGUGCUAUUCAAGAACACAACAAUAACAAAAACUCACUCGAUGCGAGUAAUUUACCUUGAUAUGGUGAUUUCAAACCUACUACAUUUUAUUAUUUAUUUUUUGACGAGGCCUUCAGCAGUUAAUCUCUUUUGUAUGAAGCAAUUUAUUUGUUAUUUGACAUUAUUUUUCUAUAAUGGUUUGCAAUUUAUCGUUAUCAGUUAAUGGAUAGAGCUACACACAUAUUGAAAUAAAGGCAGGUGUAGUGUAUAUACUGUAUGCAUUUUGUAUAUUUUGUAAAUUGUAUUUUUACAGUGUAUACUAAGUUGUGUUGUGUUAAAUGUUGACUUCAUUCAAGGAGGUGAUACUGAAUGUUCAGUCUGCUUUGGUUAGGCAGGGUUUUUGUAUGAGCAUGGCUCAAAGAAGAACCUUCAGAUACAGCCAUGACAUUAGUGUUUCAGGCGGUUUCAAAUAUUUUAUAUAUUUAAGUAUUCUGACACUGAUUCUUAAUUAUUGACUUAUAUAUAGUUGAAGCUUAGCAAUUUAUCAUUUUGACUAUGCACUUGUGUUCAUAUUUCAUGACUGUAUAGAGAUAUUUUACUGAGAAUAAAGUGGUUUGUUUGUU